AUGGCACCAGCGGCGACAAUAGACAUCGGCCCAGCCAGCGGACCAAAAGUAGACCUCAUCCCAGAAACCAAACCCAAUAGCAACGGCCAUCCCUCACCUCAACCCUCGCCACAGCACGAGGAAUACCAAUACCUCAACCUAAUCAAAGCCAUCCUAACCAACGGCGAACACCGCCCAGACCGCACAGGAACCGGAACUCGCUCCCUCCCCUUCCCACCCCAACACAAAUAUACUCUAUCAAAACCCGACGGAACCCUGAUCCUCCCCCUCCUAACAACCAAACGAGUCUUCUUCCGCGCCGUCCUGGCCGAACUCCUCUGGUUCAUCUCCGGCGACACCAACGCCGCCACCCUCCAGGACCAAAACGUCAAGAUCUGGGACGGCAACGCCAGUAGAGCCUACCUGGACUCCAUCGGCCUGACGGACCGAGCAGAAGGCGAUCUAGGCCCCGUCUACGGCUUCCAAUGGCGACACUUCGGCGCCUCAUACCAAGAUUGCCAGACCGACUACACAGGCCAAGGAACCGACCAACUAGCCUCCGUGCUCCAAAAACUCCGCUCGAACCCUUACGAUCGCCGGAUCAUCCUCUCUGCAUGGAACCCCGCGGACUUGACCAAAAUGGCCCUCCCACCCUGCCACAUGUUCGCCCAAUUCUACGUCUCCUUCCCCCCCACCUCCCCAAUAAGAGAAGACGGGAGCCAAAAAGGCACCCUCCACGCACUCCUCUACCAACGCUCCUGCGACAUGGGUCUCGGCGUCCCCUUCAACAUCGCCUCCUACGCCCUCCUCACCCACAUGCUAGCACGAUGCGCGGAUCUCGUGCCGGGAACGCUGACGCAUACGAUGGGGGAUGCGCAUGUCUACGUCGAUCAUAUCGCGGCGUUGGAGGAGCAGAUUCAGAGGGAGCCGAGGGAGUUUCCGACGCUGGAGAUGAGUGAGGUGGCGAGGCCGGCCGGGUGUGAGGUUGAUGGGUGGCACGUGGAGGAUAUCAAAGUGGUGGGGUAUGAGCCGCAUAAGGGGAUUGCGAUGAAGAUGAGUGUAUGA